GCAUUUGCAAGAUAAUUCUGGCAACCUGGCAACGCUGCUGGUGGAUUCGGAUUCGUUUGUUUUAAUUUAAAAUAUUCAAUAAUACAUUUUAUCAUUACUUUAUUGUUGAUAAAGGCGGUGUGGUCACUGCAGCUCGAAUGCAAUACGCUUUCCAUUGUUUGAAACCAUGUGGCCUGAAAUACAAAUCGCUAAGGAGGAAAAUCGACGUCAGUUGAAGCUGUCAGGUUCUAUUAUCCGAAAACGCUUUGAUACCGAUUCCGGCCAGCUAGAUGAAACUAUCUAUGAACUUACGGCUCUUAAUUUAUUGGACAUUGACGAUACACCUCUCGAUGAAAUAUCUCCCAAGAUAGCGGAGUUGAAAAAUCUUCAAUCGCUGCUCUUGUUUCGCAAUAAAAUUAACUCGAUUCCGGUGGAACUCGGAAAACUUUCGUUAUUAAAGGUGCUAGAUUUAUCAAACAAUCAGAUUGAAACUUUGCCCGACGAAAUAAAUGAGCUGAAACUACUAACGACAGUAAACUUUUCUGGAAACAAGUUGCGACGAGUUGAUUUCCAUCAAUUGGAAAACUUGAUCGUAUGUAAUUUGGCAGCAAAUAGGCUCGAGGAAUUUCCAACUCUUUAUUGUGGUAAAGAUGUGCACUAUUUGGCUGAGCUGAACUUGGAGAAAAAUCAAAUUAGGGAGAUACCGGCAAGCGCUGCAAAACAAGCCGGUCUAAAAGUUUUGAACGUAGUUGAUAACAACAUUGAAUUUGCUCCACAGCUACUAGUGAAAUGUCCAAAAUUAAAGGAAGUUAAUCUCAAGGGCAAUCCAUUAAAAGACAAAAGAUUGAAAAAGCUUGUGGAGCAAUGCCAUAGUAAACAGGUGUUGGAUUAUAUUGAAAAGAAUGGAUAUAUUAUUCCGGAGAACAAUGAAUCUAAUUCUUUUGGUAACAAAAAUGCGACAGAAGUUGAGUUAGAAUUGCCGAUCGAAAUCGACAUCCGUCCGAAAAUUACAAUCAUCAAACCAAUGAAUGAGGUUCACGAGGUCUGUAUCGGCGAAGAAGCGAAAGACAUUCGACCAUACGUGCUUCAUUGCCUUGUCCGUAAUUUCGUCAUCACUAGCAUGAAGAAGUUUCUCAAAUUGCAAAAUGAUCUACAUGACACCGAGUGCGGUCGACGUGAGUUAGCAACAAUCGCCACUCACGAUUUCGUCAAAAUUAAAGGAAAAAUACGUUACCAGGCUGAUUUAUCGGAGCAAAUUCAAAUCACACCUCUUGGAGCAAAAGCCAAAGUUACUGCCGAAAAAUAUUAUGACGACUUGAAGCAACAAGCCGAAAUCAUACGAAAGGAGAAAAAACGAAAUACAUAUUCUGGGGUUCACAAAUUCAUCAAUCUGUUGGAGGGAAAGGUUUUCGUCUUCUUUUCCGACGAGGAGAAAGUGAUAAGUCUACCUCCACUGACGAACUGCGAUGAGACUAAAGUUUCACCCGAAACCAAAGACAUGUUGUUAGAGGUAACCAGCUCCGUCAGCGCCGAAUGUUGCCAUAAGGUAAUGUUAGAGUUACUGAAAAGGAUGCUUUUGCUGGACGUACAAGUUACUCGAAGCCACAACGAGGGAAAGAAGAAGGCAAAGGGGAAGAAAAAUACGGUUGUGACAUACGACAGAUCGGCGGAAAUUAUGGUAGAGCAAGUUCGACUUACCGGUACUGAUGGGAAAUUCCACAUCCUCUUCCCAGUUAAAGGAGAUCUUCGGUAUCCAGAUGAGGAGAAAAUUGAUGUAGAAUUCAAAUGAAUUUGAAUUAUUUAUUAUUACACCCGAAGAAAGAAACAUGGAUUAAAUCCAACUGGAUGUUAAAGUUUAGUGAUAAUUAAAGUGCAUCAAAUGCUAUCGAUUGAGAAUGUGUUUUGUAAUGAAGAAAAUAAUACCAAUGUUUCAGGGG